ACUACCUCCAACGAAGAAUUUCUCACUGAAGCUACGUAACUCUCUCUCUCUCCCCCCACCCCUCUUUCUCGCUCUCUCUGAGCGCAAUGUUUAUAUAGACCACAGAGCUCCCCUAUCAGGCUCAGUUGCCUUUCAGCUGCAGUUCACCAAACAAGCAGGAGUCCAGUCAACCGAUUGCUGAGCAUCUAACAAGAAGGACCAACAGAGAGAGGACGAGACAUUAUACACAAACACUGAGUCCUCUUCUUAUUUUCACAUGGCUAGCAUGUCCAUGUGGACAUUCCUCCAGGCCAUGUGUCUGGUGGCUUCAUUGUCCAUGGCCGUACCUGAGAAUUAUGAGGAUGAAAUCGAGGUGGGCUUUGGACCCAAUUAUUUUAACGAGAUACCUGAGGAGGACCAGAUGGAAGGGGAGACCCCUACACCUUUCCCUGAACCCUGCAAAAGUCCAGCUUUUACCAAGUGGGAUAAGCUCUUCACAAUGCUGGAAAAUUCCCAAAUGAAAGAGAACAUGCUCCUGCAGUAUACAGAUGAUAUCAUCAAGGUUGAGCUGCAGAGUCUGAGAGGAGAGAUGAUACAGUUUGUGGCCCAGUACGGUGGCUCUUGUGCCUCUGCAGUUGAGAGCUUGGUUCGGCGGGCUGGGACUCAAACAGAGACGCGAUUGCAGAAUGCACUGGACCGUGUGCGAGAGGUCUCAGCCGAUCAGUACACACGGCACGAUACAGCCCUGCAGCAGCUACUGGCUGGCAGUGUAAACCUGGCUGCACGGCUGGAGCGACUGGAGAACGGCUGCGUGAAAUGGGCGGGAGGAGAUAUGACCUCCCAAGCCAAGAGUGUCCAGACUCGACAUCUCAUGCAAGAAGUGACUGAGACAGAGAAUGGAGGUAGGCUGGAAAAGACUCUGGAAACGAUCUCCAGUGAGCUGCAAACCAUCCGGGAACAGCUGACUCUUUACACCAGGUCAACCUUUGCAAACAUGCUUCCAUCAGGCUGUGACACUGGGCUACUCUUCCCCACACGUUCAUCUACAGCUCAUGUUGAAGUCUCAGCCAAGAAAAUCUUCCAGACCAAUGCCGUCACCAUUUGCCUGUGGGUGAAACCAACUCAGGUGCUCAACAAAACCGUCCUCUUCACUUACAGCACAACUGGCAACGCCUACGAACUCCAGCUGGUGUUGAAUGGACAGAGUGUCUUUUUUACAGUCAAUGGUGAAGCCCAUUUGGUGGAGGCUUCAGGAGCAGUACAAGAGGCCCAGUGGGUGCACAUUUGUGCAGUCUGGAGCUCACAGCAGGGCUUGGCCUCGAUGUGGGUGAAUGGUCAACAAGCUGCAAGCUCUCCCGGAGUGGCUGAGGGGCAUGAGCUACGUAGCAAGGGAAGCAUACUAUUGGGGCAAGAGUAUGGACGUCACUUCAGGCAUUUUAGUAAGCCAGACACAUUUGAUGCUGAGCAAGCCUUCACAGGGAAGAUGACUGGAGUGAACAUGUGGGACCAUGUUUUGGAUUCAAAGGAAAUAUCUCAGCAGGCACGGCUGGAUGGGAGUGGUUGUGGUCUCCGUGGUAAUGUGGUGGCAUGGGGCGUGUCUGACAUUGAGCCAAAAGGGGGUGUCAAGCUAAUAUACUAAUUUCUCUACUGUCUUAACCAUAGAUAUGUAUAUAGAUGCUAGAUGUGUUACGGCAGAGUUUCCAUCGUCAUCACCGGCGGCCAUCUUGUCACAGACAGGCUUUCUGGCGGGCUCUGUGGUAUCUGAUGUAAGAAAUACUCUUAUCUCGUUGAAAUCUUGACGGAUUUACAAACGGUUUGGUUUCUUACAAACGUUAUUAACGUGGCUAUAAUUCUGGAUGAUUAUUUAUUUAUACACAUUUAUAAAACAAUGUUACCAAUGAGCGAGCUGCCUGUGACAAGAUGGCCGCCAGGUGCUGACAUCGACCUCCAUUGCCCAGCAGCGCGGACGACACAUCUAGCCUUUAUAUACAUAUCUAUGGUCUUCACCACCUGAGCCCUGUAUACCAAUCAGCUGAGCUACUACAAUCACAUAUUAAGAACCUGCUUCGCUACACCUGCAAACAACAGUAAUUUUCCUCCUUUUCAGAUGUGUGGAAAAUGUUCCUUCAUAGGGAAAUUGUAUGGUGAACAGACUGUAGUCAAGCAAGUUAAAAUAGGUAAACUGCUGCAAUUGGAGGGACAUCAUCACAUAUGAUUAUAUAUUUUUUACAAAAAUGUUCUGUUUUAAAAGAAUGUUUUCAAUUAAUACAAAGUGGAAGGAAUUUUUUUUUACAAAUAUAUGAUGUAUCGCCAAACUAUUUAUCUUGAUUGGUAAUGUUUACAUUCAGAUUUGACUUAAUUUUUAAUCUAUUUGUAAUGUAAUCCUUGUUCAUUGUUAUUUUUCUUACGUUUUUUUUUUUUAAACUCUAGAAUCUGUUACAAAUGGCUAUUUCAAAAUAUUUUGUUAUAUGAUUUCUGCUAAUGAAUACAUUUUUUACCUUUAACACAAGGUGGUUGCUACGUUUUGAUGAUGGAACUGUGGAAUAUGUUUACAAAUUGCGACUAUUUUUGUUUCUGCUGAUGUGAUUAAAUGUAUUAUAAUGUAAAUUGUUUUUGUUAAGAGGCAAAGUUGAAUG